AUGUCCGAAAGGCACAAUGAAGUUCUAGAAAAUAACAAUGCUAGAGCCCCAGGGAAGAAGAAAAUUCCUGAGGCUAACUAUGGCAACGAUAACAAGCGAAAACACCCCAAAGAAAAGAGGGUUAAAAAUGUUGAUUCAUAUUCUCAUGCUCCAUACUCACGUGGGGAUAACAACCCACGUGGAAGAGGACAAAAGGGUCAUCGUGGAAGGGGCCAUUGGCGUGGAGGCCAUUCAAAUACCUGGUCUAGAGAUGUUACUUCUGGACCUAGUGGUAGGGGCAACACUGUUGAAAACACACAUAAGAACCCCACACCUGAGAAGGUGAAGAAUGGCAAUGCACCUUGUUACACGUGUGGAAUAUCCGGACAUUGGUACCAGCAAUGCAAGGCUAGUGCCAAGGUAGCAACCAGCUACAAAAAGUGCCGGGAAUCUAUAGAUCAAGAAGCUCACUAUGUGGAAGAACGUGAUCAUGCCCCAGGUGUCAACUUCACUAUUUCAGACUUCCAGGGCAACAAGAAACAUGCCCUUAUGGAAACACUUGACUUUGAUUGA